CAAGAAGACUCAGAGUGGCAACUUUGGGCUCAGGAUCUCCAAAGACAAGGCAGGAGAGAGAAUUUCUCCAUGUCACGGGUGGGGAAGCUGAGGCAGCAGGAGAUCUGCCUGAGGGGACUGCCCAGCUGUGGGACCCACUAAGAGCUGCUGCCAGGCUGAAGCCAGAGCCUGGGGAGGGAGCGAAGGGGAUCUGCCUGGAAACCAGAAACUCCAAAAAAUCCAAUGCAGAUAACAACGUUCCCUGCCUGGGAAGCCUGUUUCCAUGCAGGCCAGGAGCCGUCUGGCAGCUGGACAGGUGGGCACCUGCGCAGACUCUCAUGAUGGUUUCAAGGAAGGUGGUUGCCAGUCUGCUCCUGGUGUACCUGGUGUCUCUGCUGGCUGAACAGGCUGAAGGCUUCAUGCCCUUCUUCACCCACAGUGACUUCCAGAAAAUGCAGCUGCAGGAAAAGGAGAGGAACAAGGGAGGGCAGAAGAAAUCCCUGAGCUCACUGCAGCAGCUGGACGAGGAAGGCUUCCCUGAGCAAUCCCCUGUGGGUGUCAGCACGGGCAAGUCCACCCAGCAGGCUGUUCCUGUCAGACCUGGGAUGUGGCUCACCCCAAGGCAGCUGGAAAAAUACCAAGAUGCCCUGGAGAAACUGCUGGCAGAGCUGUUACAGGACACCCCAGACGCUGACUGA